AUGACCGGCUUGUCGAACACCUUCACGACUGCACGCAGAGGGCUGAGAGUUUUAAAACCACCAAGAGACCUUGAAGAGAGAAGAUCGGAAGUGCUGGCUGAAGCUGCAGAGGCGGGAAAAAGCAUCCGCUAUGCCCGUCGAGACUUCUCCAGUCGCAAGACGAGGAUGACUGCUCUCCAGAACCCGAAGAGAACAACCGCUGCAUCGACAAAGGGAUUGGAGAAUAUCAUCUACGACUUCUACUCUGUUCUCCCGUCCGAAGUACGACAUGUUAUUAUGUCGGUAAGAAAUCGUACGGCAUCCGGUCUCGACAGAAUAAGACCUGAACACUUGAAGAACCUUCCGCCAGUACUCAUCGACACCUUUGCAAGGCUCUUUACACGUCCAAAUGCAAGGUUCCUAAGCAGUGGAAAACCAACAAGACCGUGUUGUUGCAUAAAAAGGGAGACCCACAUGACAUCGGCAACUAUCGCCCUAACUCUGACUCAGUUGAGACGGAAUCGGUCAUGGAGGCCUUGGAAAACCAAGGUGUUCAGUACAUAA